UCCUACAAACAGUUCCUAACAGAAUUCACACUCUCUUUCCCUCCCUUCGCUUCCCUUCCCUUCCAGAGAGACGGAGGGAAGAAAAAAAACAAACAUAAAGAAAAGAAAAAAGAAGGCCUUGACUUGAUUAUCAUCAAUCAUAACUUUGACCUUUUUCCUCUCUUUCUUUUUCGUUUGGAGUGGGAUUACAUUCUGCACCGCGUUUGGGACUACGAUUUCGUUCUCUGCAGAUGGAUUUUCCCUCACCUUCGUGUUCGGCUUCCAUUUCUUUCUGCUUUCAUUUUCAACGGAUUCAAUUCCUUCCAGUUUUUUUGACCGGUAAUUAUUAUUAGAGGGAGGCUGCGAAUCAUGAUCUUUAUUGCUUCCAUAUCUCGCUAUGCGUUGGCUUCAAAACAUUUCCUUCUCGUCGUCAUCUUCGUCGUCGUCGUCUAAUCCUUUCUCUUCCGCUUCUUCUUCUUCUUCUCCUAACCCUACUUUAUCUUCCUCUUCUUCUUCUUCCUCAGCCGCUGAUGCUGCUUUCUCUCUUAAAAAACAUAGCCGGAGCUAUCUUCGAGGCGGUCCGUUAGGUUUACGCUUCGGAGGUGCGCCUAGGCUACUACGUCACAGGAAGCUUCGUCAGUUGGCGGAACAUGAGAGUACAUCGACGCGUGGACAAGGCCAAGCGGCUUCUACUAACGCCGUGAAGCCUCAAUCUGAUUCCUCUGAGGCUGUUCAGCUUUCGCGGUCGCCGAGUGGUUCUUCCUCUGCUGUUCCAUCUCGGUUGUCAACGUCAGUGCCUGUACCGUUACCCUUGCCGUUACCGUUGCGUGAGAGUUCGAAUUCUGGAGACGGGAAUAAGGAGAGGGAUCGAGACGGUUUGAGAGAGAGAGAAAGAGAGAGGAAUGAUGGCGCGGGAGAUGGAUUAUCUUCUUCGAAUUCUCCAAUUGCAAGUGUAUUUGUUGGCCGAGACACGAGGAAGAUGGUGGAGCCUCUAGAUAUAAGGUCACAUGGAAAGGUGCAUCCAGAUUUUAUUGUGGAUAAUUAUGCAGAGAACUUCAAGGCCAAUGUUCCCACUAGGAGUGCACCUACUAGUCCGUUUGCAAGUCCCACAGUCAGCCCACAAAGAUUAAGUACUGCUGCUGAUUUUUUACCUUACUAUCAAAUGAUUGCUAGAGGAAAUCAAGUCUGGUCUGCACCAGAAAUGGCAACAUUAGAUAUACCAGGGUUUCCUCCUCCAGCUUUCUUUGAUUACAGUGCAUUUAGUACUGAUAAUUCUCCCCUUCAUAGUCCACCAAAUAGAAGUCCCCGCUGGAACCCUAAAAGUCCAAACGGGCCUGCAUCACCAUUACCUGGGAGGUUGUCAAUUGAAAUCUUAACUCCAGGGCGGGAAAGUAGUGCUAAUGUAGAGGUCCACCCAUUACCUCUUCCUCCUGGAGCAGCCAGGCUUUCAACAUCAACUCCUAUCCCUCAAGUUAUUGCCAAAGCAGAUUCCAUGCCCUUGAAAAGUCGGUGGCAGAAGGGAAAGCUUAUUGGACGGGGCACAUUUGGUAGUGUUUACGUUGCCAGCAACAGGGAAACUGGGGCAUUAUGUGCAAUGAAGGAAGUCGACAUAUUUCCAGAUGACCCAAAAUCCGCAGAGUGUAUAAAGCAAUUAGAACAGGAAAUCAAAAUUCUCAGCCAACUAAAGCAUCCAAACAUUGUGCAGUAUUAUGGUAGUGAAAUAGUUGAGGACCAUUUCUAUAUAUAUCUAGAGUAUGUUCACCCCGGUUCAAUCAAUAAAUAUGUCCGUGAACAUUGUGGAGCCAUAACAGAAAAUGUUGUUCGAAGUUUUACUCGCCACAUUCUUUUUGGGUUAGCCUACUUGCAUAGUAUGAAGACAAUACACAGGGAUAUAAAAGGGGCUAAUUUGCUAGUUGAUGCAUCUGGUGUUGUUAAGCUUGCUGACUUCGGGAUGUCGAAACAUCUUACUGGACAAGCAGCUGAACUUUCUUUGAAGGGAAGUCCAUACUGGAUGGCUCCAGAGCUUAUGCAAGCUGUAAUGCAGAAAGAUGCCAGCUCUGAUCUUGCACUUGCUGUUGAUAUUUGGAGUCUGGGUUGUACUAUUAUUGAAAUGUUCACUGGAAAACCUCCUUGGAGUGAUUAUGAGGGGGCAGCAGCCAUGUUUAAGGUUCUGAAGGAUACUCCACCAAUACCUGAAACAUUAUCGUUUGAGGGCAAGGAUUUUCUACGAUGCUGCUUUCAAAGAAAUCCUGCAGAAAGGGCAUCAGCAAGCAUGUUAUUGGAACAUCGUUGGUUGAAAAACUCACAACAAGUCGAUGUUCCAUCUUCUACCCAGUCAAUUAAUGGGACAAUGGAUAAGCUUGAUCAGUUGUCAAUCUCACAAGGUGCAAAGGGAAAGGUGGCUCCUGACAGCGUGACUGCCCAGCGAUCUCAUUAUGAAACUUCCAACUUAACAACAACAGCAGCCCCUUGCUAUUCUCCGCGCUCUACUCUUGAGGUUCUUCCGACAUUAUCUCCUCUGUGCACGGGUCAAAGAACUCAUGCUAGCUCAUCUUCAUCUAUUCCCAACUUAAUUAAAUCGGGUGGGAAAACUAAUCAUACUUAAGAUAACAGAGAGAAGUUGAAGAACAUCUGCUUGUUCCUUCACGGGCUAUGCUAUAACACAGCUUAAAUGAAGGAUGUUGAAAUUAUUAACCUUCAUAGGCUCUAGUGGAUGACCGCCGGCAAUAGGUUGUUUCAGUGGCAAGUGGUUUGCCUCUUCUUUGUCAACAUUGCCUCCUGAAGAUUCAAAGUCUUUUUUUCGUCCUGGGAAUAUGUUCUGAACCUGGGAUUCUAGUAGCAGAUUUUGUAUACUUUUUAACUGAUCUAGAGCUUCAGAAAUUACAAAAGUUCAUUUAUAUGUAUAUUUUCCAAGAUAAUAUUCUCUGACUCCAAUUUUUUGGAGUUAAAAUGUAUUUUGAGAAGAAAAUGAUAAGGUUCAAGUUACCAAUCUAGCCAAA